AUCAAUAAGAAAAAAAAAAAAAAUUACUUGUAAUGACUCUGGUGGUGCGCAGAAAUUGCAGCAUAACCUCAAUAAUUGAAAAACAAUAAAAGAAAUAGGCAAGAAGUGAAAAGAAAAAAAAAAAACUAAUGAGUUAAUUAAUAAAACAAAUAAAAAAAAAAAUUAAUCGUUGGAUAAAUAAUUAUAGUAAUAACAAAAAUGUUGAGAACAAGUGGAACAAUAAAUAAAUUGAUGAAUAAUUUAAUAAUGACAGAGUGGGUUGGAACAAAUGCAGUUAACACACAAAUAAUAAGAUGGUGGAAAAGAAAACCUAUGUGGUUACCACCGGCUAAAUCAAAAUUAUUUAGAAUACGACAAAGAGUAAUUAUACCCCAAGACGAGGCCGCUGAAAAUCGAAGACUUAAUAAUAACUAUAAUACUUACAGAAACUCAUUGAGAGCUUAUUUCAUGAAAAUUGUUGAAGAAAAUAAAGAACAAUUCGAUGAAGAGUUAUUGAGAAAAGCCGAAGAAAAUGAUUUCAAUGAGUGUCAAAGAAUAAAUGAUUUGUGGAACCAAGAUCGAGCGCAAGUACGGGCUGAGAGAGUUCGUAGAGAAGAAGCUGAGCGCCGGAUUGAAGUUUUAAAGAAAGUUGAGGAUAAAAAGGUGCGAGAUGAAAAAAUAAUGGAACAAGUCGAGGCGCGAGUUAAACAACUCAAAGUCGAGGCUAAGACUUUCAUUACUCGGGAAACUAUCGAUCAAGUCAUUGAGGAAGCGAUAGCUAACAAAGUUGACUAUAAUUACGCUAUUGAUCCGUACGGUAAUAAGUACGAUGAGAAAACAAUUUUGGAUCAUCAACUCAAACAACAACUCCAGCAGUGAUCAUUUUUUUAUGUAAACUUAUAUAUUAAUUAUUAAUAAAUAUAUGUCAAACAUUAA